AUGAGUGGUGGCUGGUCUACCAACUCUGACUUUUUGCGCCAACUCUCCCCGGUCUACGGCGUCAUAUUCCUGUUCAAAUAUCCCGUCGGAGAAGCUCCUAACAAAGAUGGCACACCCAAAGAUGGCUCUUACGACUAUUCUGCUGCGGAAAAUCUUUUCUUCGCUGCGCAAACUAUACAAAAUGCCUGUGGGACCCAAGCUCUACUCUCGGUGCUUCUGAAUAAAGAUGGAGAGAUAGAUGUUGGAGUUCCGCUGCGCGAGUUCAAAGAAUUCACGACUGGAUUUCCGGCAGAGUUUAGAGGAGAGGCGCUCAGUAAUAGCGAGUUAAUCAGAGAUGUUCAUAACAGUUUUGCGAAAUCAAGUCCGUUUGUUGACGAGACGCAACGAUCUUCUAGAGAUGAAGACGGAGAUGUUUAUCAUUUCAUCGCAUAUACAUCUAUCAACGGUACACUGUAUGAGCUUGAUGGUCUGCAACCUGCACCUAUAUCUCAUGGAGCUUCUACCAUCGAGGAAUUUCCAGAGAAAGUCAUACCGGUAUUACAGAGAAGAAUUUCACGAUAUCCGGCAACUGAGAUACGGUUUAAUUUACUAGCAAUGGUGAGAGAUUUGAGAGUGAGGGCAAGGGAAAUGGGGGAUGUGGAGUCGUUGAUGAGGGAGGAACAGAAGAGAAAUGAGUGGCAGUUUGAGAAUGCCUUGCGGAGACAUAAUUUUGUGGGGUUUGCGGGGGAAGUACUGAAGGGUGUGAUAGGGGAUAAGUUGAAAGAAGGACCUAAGGCAUACGAGGAGUGGAUUGAAGAAGCGAAAAAGAAGACGAAGGCGAGAGCGGCUGAACAGAGGAAAGGCAAUGGAGGUGAGGAUCUGGAGAUGUCGGGUUGA